GUCUCGUCACAGCAGAGCGGCACCGCCGAGAGACCUCACCUCCGACUCCAAACGAGACAGGUGAAUUCAGGACAUUCCUCGGAGAAGCGGAAAAAUUCCUGCACCCGGGUGACUCGCAGUCAUACGUCACUUAGGACACAUCGAAGAAGAGGCUCGUCGCGAUGGGCAGGUGCUGUUACUACUGUUGGAGGACGUACUGCUCGUGCAAGUACCUGGGAACCACCUACGUGCCGGAGCUGGAGGAGGAACGUCGGAAGGCGCAGUUGCGGGAGAUGCUGGAGAGUUAUUCACCCUGGGGGAAACCGGGCGGUGGCGCGCCCUACGCGCCCGCCCUUCGCAGGAAGAACGUCUGGCUGGAGUCGGAGGAGCACCAGAGAUAUUGCAGCAUCUGCCAGGCUCGCAAGCACUGCGGGAGGUUGUACUGCACCUGCUGGCGGAGACCAUUCCGGUGCUACUCGUUCGACGACCUCUACCUGUAUCCAGGUAUCGGGUUUGCCGACGGAUUUGGCUCUCAAUGCGUCGCCAUUAACGACCGUCCUUUGUGGUUGCAUCCGCGCAGAUAUCCUGGUGGCCAGGCGUCGCAAGAGUCAAGAACGGGAGCGCGCCAGGAGUCUCGAGAUCGAACGGAAAUUGGUAAAAAUUGUCCCAGCGUUUUGCGCACAUUGGCGCAGCCCUCCCCGUUUGGCCGUCCCGGACCGGGUGGUGUACCUUGGAGGGACCCCAAGCUGCUGGGGGUGCGUUUCCUGCAAUCAAUGGGUUGGACGGGCAAAUCGAUGGCCGGGAGACUCCACGCGAGGGACGUCGAUCCUCUGCCCAUCACGGAGACGAACAGGUUCUUCGACGAUAAGUCGGGACACGGCGCAGUUUCCGAUGUCUAUCCCAGAGGCACCGAGCUGCAAGCUCGGUCCCCUCGCUGCAGGAAUAUGCACAACGAGGAGGUGCAGGUGUACGAGCUGACAGGUGGAGUGGAGCUGGUGCCCCUGAUGACCACCCGAAGGUACCAAUCUCAGCCCCAAACGACUCGCUUCCUCGCCACGGAUGCUACUCGCCCAGGAUACACGAUAGAGGCCUUGAGGGCUCUGGGCACCGGGAACAAGGAGUACAUUUCCGCGCUCGCCGAGCAGAUACGCGGCAAGCGGGAGCGAAUAAUGGAGGAGGAGCGGAAAGAGCGGGAGAGUUGCCGGCGGCACUUCGACACGUGGCGGGGAUUCUGGGGUCGGCCGGGACACGGAGCCCCGCUGGACCACACUCAGAGGGUCAAGCUCUACGACAUCUUGUACCGGCCGCCGAUAGUCUACUAGUUCCGGGGCCCGACUUCCGGGAGGCCUCGAUCGCCCUCGUCGUUUCGCGCUCGCCCGAGCGAGCCACCCUCGGCUCGGCCCCGAUUUGCAUAAUUAGUAAUUAGACGUUAAUGGAGGUCGCGCAGACGCGACGGCGCCGAGCGGCGAACGGCGCUGGUUUAAUGGACAAGGGAGAAUUUAAUUUGGGCCGACCGCGGUGCAGGAGUUAGUCCCGUGUUUGGCCGAACCACGGCGGCCCGUUGCGGCAAGUAUCGCGUCGCGUCGCCGAGUUCCUCCACCCGCGUCCACCGGCUCGUUCUCCACCUCGUUCGCCACUUCCUCUUCCUCCGCGCCGUUUUCCCCGCGCGACCCGCCCGGCUCCAUUGUGCGACCAUUGUAUCCCGUUACCGCUGUCGGCCCGUUUCUACGGGGGUCAUUCAUUUUCUGGGAAAUAUCAGUUCCUGUACCGCUGAAUUCCAGCCCCCACCCGGAGGCAUUGUCAUGGAAGUGGGUCGUGCUCCCGGGUUGCGUCCGCCGGACGGCCCGGGGGAAUCUCCGAUGGUGUCGCGGCCAAUGAUUGCCCGACCCGGUCGAGCCGCGGAAUUGGCUGCCGGUCGCGACUCUCGAUCUCGCGCGAGUACGACUUUUCCGUCCUCAGGAUUUUCCUCCGCCGACCGCAACGCUUGUCACCCGACGCACCGUAAAUCCUCGGCGAGGCGUAAUUCAGGCAAUUACCGCGAGUCGUUAAACCAUGCGUCGCGCAUGUCGCUUGCACGUCAAAAGUUGCCGAACCGUCUCGGUGCGCAACAGUUGCCCUUCCCGUGAAAAGCGCUGACUGACCGGGGGUAAAAUUUAUUCCGAACUAGCCGGGAUUAUUCAUCUCCUGCGUCCAGGACGUACGAAAACGUUUUAUCCGACUAAUGUUCCGUCUCGCUCCGUCAGCGUUCGCCACGCAUAUUUUCCCCGUCGAGUGCCCGCGAGCGAGAUCCGUGCUUGAAGCUUUCGUCGAUCGAAUCCGGCGAGCGGUCUGUCGGUACGGCAAUUUUUCCUCCGUAUACACGAGCGACCAGCUGGAGAACGAAGUGUACGGACAGCCGCACUCGUGGAAAACGACGCGAAGAAUCCGGCUCCCGAAUGCACGUCCACUCUGGCGGACUUUGCGGGCAGCACGCGGUAGAUUCCCCUAGAAUCCCCUAGAGACUUAGCGGAUGCCACAGGUCGCGGUCCUAUCUGUCGCAGUUACCGAGUUCAGGAUAUCCGUCGCCGGGAACGGGCUGCAAUCCCGUGGAAGCUCCUGCGGUGACUUUGCUUCGCGGAAAGUCGCCUUCAGAAGCUCGAUCUCGGUCGACUCAGCCCGGAGAUAAAUGGACCAGAGCUUUCGACGGAUUCCUUGGAAUCUUAUCGCCGACUAGAUUUAAAUACAUAAGGAUCACGGGGAGGAUCGAGUAAUCGAUAGGUAGGCCCUAGGAGCUUGCAGAGCCCCAGCCCUUUGCUCCGUCAAGGGGAUUUCUCGCCUAGGAAAUCUGAAACGCGUAUUCUGUAUCGCUAAUGUGUAAUAAAGAG